UUUGCUGUUGCUCUGGUUGUUCUUACUGCUGGUAAUGCUGGACCGAACCAGGAACGGAGGCAGGCUCAGUCGUCCUCCUGCUUUGGAGGCUUUGAUCUCUACUUUGUUUUGGACAAGUGAGUUACCUGACACACUUUGCCUGGCACUGUUACAGCGAAAGCAUGAAUAGGAUGGUUUCUGUUGACAUAUGAAAGCUGUUUAUGUUAAUAUAUGUGCCAAACAUUAGAUGAUGUAACAGACUGAAUGAAUGGAAUCAAGAGUGACUCUAUUAUUCCACUAACUUGUUUCAUGUUGGUGGCCUUUAAAGGGUACCAUGACCAAAUGCUAUAUGCAUAAUGUAUACAAAUGCAUACAGAAAUAUGCAUCAUCUUAUGCUGUUCUUCUUCCAGCAAAACUCAUCCUGUCUGCCAAACUAUUUUUAUGACGUCACCACCAGUUCUGCCCUCAUUAUGCUUCUGCUGUCAUGUCAUGCAGGAAAAUGUUUGGAUUGAUGGUGCAAUGCUCUGACAGGGCCUAAUCUACAUUUCAGCAUGUCAUAUGUCUACAGAGGGUAAUGAUUAGUGGUGUGUUAGGAGAUCUCUCAUUCAUGAGUCAAACACAGGAUGCGCAGGCUGCAAGCGCUGCUGUUGACUGCUGGUGUUCAUCUCUCUAUUAUAUGCCGUGUGGACAUUGUUUUUAAUGGCAGAAUCUCCCAUCAGUUAAAUAAUCAAAAUACUUUCUGCAUCAUUAUGUUUCCUCAUCCGUUUAGAUCUUUGUUGAAGUUUGAAGUUUAUUAAUGGAAUGCCCCUUGAGAUGUAGCAUCUCGUUUUCAAGGGGGUCCAUAAACACAUACAUAUAUAAACACAAUUUACAAUGACAUACAUAAGUGCACACAUUUACACAUAAAGACACAUACCCACACACACACACACAUGUUUGUACUUCUAUCUUAGUGAGGACAUCCAUAGGCGUAAUGCAUUUCCUAGGGCCUUACCCUAACCUUAACCAUCACAACUGAUUGCCUAAACUUAAUCCUUACCCUAACCCUAACCAAACCUCAAUUCAUACCUGUUCUCUAAAAACAACUCUUCACCCUCAAACAUGGCUGUUUCAAAGUGAGGACCGGCCAAAAUGUCCUCACUUUGUAAAAAUGUCCUCACUUUGAUAGUUAAAUGCAGAAAAUGGUACUCACCAUGUAGCAAGUACAAGAACACACACACCCACACACACACACACACACACACACACACACACACACACACACACACACACACACACACACACACACACACACACACACACACACACACACAGGACAGACAUGCUCCAUUGUUCCCUCACCCCACAAUCCUCAAUGAAUUCUAAAACAGGUGCCACCAACUCGGUACCAAUGAGGCCAGAUAGCCUUUUAGAGAUGUGUUUGUUUCUUUCUUUGUCAUGGUCUGUGUAUCUUAAAUGGGAGCUAAGAUGUUUGACCUCCCAAAAUGAGAGGUUAUUUGGAUACAUUAGAGUUGAUUUAGAAAUUAUUUCUAUGUUUAUCUAACCUGGUUAUCUUUGUGCUUUCUUUCAGCAAUGCAACAUGGAGACCUGACUUAACCCACCUCUUUGUUUGCAGUGUUUGCUUGAUAGAAUUAAUCGAUUCUUUUUUUGAUGCUGCAUGAUAUGGCUUUUAGUUUAUUAUAGUUUUUGAAGUUAUCUGGAGGGAAUAGAUGAUGCAUUUGUCAGUAAACCUUUAAUUAUCGUGCUCUACAUAUGUAGGUAAGCAAGUAGUGAGCAGUCUCAUUCAUCAAAGCUAGACUCAAUUAAGACUUGCAGGCAAACAACUUUAUAUUGUGCACAAAUAAGCAUACACUUCCCUUAGCACUGAGAUUUCACUUACCCGGGCUGUUGCAUUUGGACUCCAACAGAGGACCUACUUUAUGACAUUUGUGUUUUGUAAGUCUGGCUUAAAACUAUUUGUUUUUGCCGUAAGCCAAAAUGCUUGCCAAUUAGGUCAAGCUCGAAGUUAUCCAACUCAUUAAACUCAUCAUUUUUCUUAUUUGAAGGAUGUGAUUGGAUUUCUGUGUAGCUCCACUGUUUACAGAGUUCCCACCUCCAGAGAUGGAGAUAUAUUUUCCAGUUGUCCUAAAGUACAUGUCAGUGCCAACUGACAGACCCACUGCUACUUCUCAGAGGAAAAAUUAGGCAAUUCUGUGUACUACAGAGUAAUUGAUAGUGUUAGCCAUGUUUUAACUAUGCAGGUUUAUAUGUGACCUGACAGCAUUUAUUGUUUGGCAUUAGUGCACUGAAUUAGCUUCUCUUAUUUUCUUUACUGUCUUUUCUCCAGGCGGGACCUUAUAUUUCCUCUUAGUAGUGAUGCCCUCCACCUGCCCUUACUGUCCUCUGGCACUAUCUGCCUGAUCUCUGUUCUCCUCUUCUCUCUCUUCUCCAUGUCUGCACUGCCUUUCUCCAUUUGGUCCAGAUGUUCCAGCGUUUCAGCCUGCUGGCUGGGCUGUUUGUGCUGGGACUUGUGUCAUGAUCUGGGAGUGUGCAGAACCACUGGACUGAAAUCUACCACUUUGUAGAACAUCUAGCUCAUAAAUUCAUAAGCCCACAGUUGCGGAUGUCCUUCAUUGUGUUCUCCACUGAGGGACGGAUCUUAAUGAGCCUGACAGAAGACAGGGAACGCAUUCGUAACGGUCUGGAGGAGCUCCAGAGGGUUCUUCCAGGAGGAGACACUUUCAUGCAUGAGGGCAUCCUGAGGGCGAGUGAGCAAAUAUACUAUGGAAACACUGAAGGUUAUCGCACCGCCAGCGUUAUCAUAGCUCUGACGGAUGGAGAGCUGCACGAGGAUCUUUUCUACUAUGCUGAGAGAGAGGCCAACCGCUCCCGAAGUCUGGGUGCUUCAGUUUACUGCGUGGGGGUGAAGGACUUCAAUGAAACACAGCUGGCAAAGAUUGCUGACAGCAAAGACCACGUCUUCCCUGUAAAUGACGGAUUUGAGGCUUUGCAAGGGGUCAUUGAUUCGAUCCUUAAGAAGUCCUGUAUCGAGAUCUUGGCAGCGGAGCCCUCCAGUAUCUGUGCAGGAGAGUCCUUCCAGGUGGUGGUGAAAGGAAAUGGAUUCCUCCACGCGCGAAACGUCGACAAAGUCUUGUGCAGCUUUCGAAUCAACGACACCUUAACUAAGAUGGUGAAGCCUUUGAUUGUAGAAGAUACAUAUCUGCUCUGUCCUGCACCGGUGCUCCAAGAUGAGGGGAUGACAGCAAAUCUUUACGUCAGCAUGAACGAAGGCCUCAGUUUCAUCUCCAGUUCGGUCACUAUUACCACAGUGAGCUGUUCUGAUGGGACCAUCCUGGCCAUCGCUCUACUCAUCCUGAUGCUGCUCCUGAUCUUGGCUCUGCUCUGGUGGUUCUGGCCUCUCUGCUGCACUGUGAUCAUCCAUGAGCCCCCACCACCGGCUGUGGAGGAGAGUUCGGAUGAUGAGGACUUUGAGGCACCUAAAAAGAAAUGGCCGACUGUAGAUGCCUCCUACUACGGAGGAAGAGGAGUAGGGGGAAUCAAAAGGAUGGAGGUCCGCUGGGGUGAGAAAGGCUCCACUGAGGAAGGAGCAAAGCUGGAAAAGGCCAAAAAUGCCAAAGUAAAGAUGCCUGAGCAGGAGUAUGUGUUGGCCCCCACUCGGGUUCUCAACAAUGGCAUGCACAAACCCCCCGGACCGCGCAAGUGGUACUCACCCAUCAAGAGCAAACUGGAUGCAUUAUGGGUGCUUUUAAGAAAAGGCUACGACCGUGUGUCUGUGAUGAGACCUCAUCCAGGUGACAAGGGCAGAUGCAUGAACUUCACCCGCACUAAAUCUCCCCCUCCUCGCUACCCACACAACCAUCACACAUCUCCCAUCUACAACCCCUCCAGCAAGAACCCACCUGCCCCCCAGGGCACCCUCCCACCGACCCCCAGCAGCCCUCUAUCAACUCAGUCGUUUUCCUUCUCCACCCUUCCAUCGCUGCCUCCGACGCCUUCCCCCACUUCUACCACUCCUUCACCUCCCAUCACUCCUCCCCCUUACACGCCACCUCCCAACCGGGCUCUUCCUCCGACCACCCUGUACAUACCUGCUGCACCGGAGCUCCCGCCAACCCCUCCGCCGUGCGCCUCCCCAACCGGCCCGCUGCCUCCUCCCCCACAGGGACCUCCUCCCGGGCGAGCCCCUCCACCCGCCCGCCCGCCGCCCCGGCCCAGCCUGUAGAGCUCUGGCAGGAGACAGGAGAGCAUCACACAGGAUUGGAAACGGAAACGCAGAGUCUUACCAGCGUUCAUAAACAUCCUUGAUUGCACCUGCUAGCGAGGAUAUGUGAGUGCCUUGUGCCACGCUCAGUGGGCUGUGGACUUUCUGCCUUGUGAAGAGGAGCAGCGAGGGGCUUGUUUUCAGCUAUUUGUCUACAGGGACUUUUGUACACAUUUAGCCCAACAGUGCAAUUGCUUGGAUGCUUGAAUUACAGAGACACUCCCUAUAAAUGAGGCCAUGCAGGUCAGCUCAAAAACAUUUGCCUCCAUGGUCCUCAGAGGUGCUGCAGGCCCUGUUGCCCCCUCCAUGAACACCCCAGAUUGGAUGAAUCCUGACCAAGAAGAGGAACAAUAAGCUCAUACUAAUGCCUCCGUACUUAUGGCCAACACAGGGAGCACCGCUGUGGUCAAAAUGGUCAUGACACUAAAACAUGUGCCUGUCUAAUAUUUCUAUUUGUCCUAAAAAAGAGAUCAGAGACUCAAACAUUCCCACACAGCAGAUUUAGGAUGAUUGUUUUGACCGUUUUCAAUUCUUGAAUGUUGAGCAACUGCAUGCAAUAGUGCUUGAGUCAGCAUUUUUUUCCUUUUUUAAGUAACAUUUGUACUUGUUUUAUACAAAUUAAAUACUUUUUUAUUUGUAUUUUUUUUAUUGUCGUGUAGACUACAGUCUUUGAGUUUUAAUGUUAAAGUUAGGAAGAUGAUCAUGAAACAGCAAUGCAACAUAUCCGAACCUCUUUUGUUCAUUUUUUUUAUGAUACUCAAGCAGCCCAGUGUGAGUCAUAGCUGGUCUGGUUUUUGUGCUCAUCAAAAUAAACAAUAAAUUGGGAUUUACAAGACACCAUUAGCUCUAUUGCUAUAACUGAGCUGACCAAGAUGACUGCAAUCACAGCUGUAAUUAGCAUAGCAUGUAUCAAGAUGUGGAGGAAUGUGUCCAAAUCAGGGAAAAGCUUUGCACACCGUCUUGCUCGUCCACCCACGGCUUCUAGCAAAGUUUUAUGUAAAUAAUAUAACCAUGCGUGUUCAGAUAUUUGUGUGUCUGUGUGUGUCAGGAAGAACGUGAGAGUCUAGUCUACUAUCACAGCAUCAGUUUUAUCACCUUGGACAAAAUUUGCUGUUUUGUUUUUUUGCAGAAAAUGUUUUCAAUUCCUCGGAGCGUGGAUCAUGAUCAAAGCUGUUUCAUGUGUCAUUAAUAAGAAGCUGCUCUUUGAAGAUGAUCAGAUGAGUCCCGGCGGAAUGAAAAGCAGAUUUCAAGGCCGUGUUUAGCAAUCAGAUAAGCGGCGAGAGAAAAGAGUCUAAAUGCCAGAAUUGAAACGACAGUAUGUAACCUUCCAUCGGUACAGCAUCGAGACACCUUUUUCUGCUUAAUUCAAAAUGCAAGUAAACAAUUUAAGCGUAUAAAACUCGA